CCCUGAGGAUCUCGCUCCCUUUUUCUGCUCUGCAGGACUGAGGCGUGAGAGCAGAGCUAAAACAAACAGCUGUGACUGGAAGAGCCAGCCAGAGAGAGGGAGAAUCCUGUCACCAGCACCCUCCUCUCCCCCACCUCCCUUACACAGAGUACUGACCCUUCUCUCGUCUGAGCCCCAACCUCUUCUCCAGUUUAUCAGGCUCCACUGAGCCUUUCGGGAUGAGGAGGAUCAGGGCUAAUGCCAUUGCAAUCCUGACCGUAGCCUGGAUCCUGGGCACUUUCUAUUACUUAUGGCAGGACAACAAGCCUCAUUCAGCAGCAUCCAGCAGAUCUCCUAGCAGCAGCGGCAGGAACGGGCAGAGACCAGCUGCGAGGCUGGAGAGCCACAGGGAAGAUGGGACCAUCCCCCUCACGGUGACUAGAGUCCCCCAAGCAGAGAAGAGCAGCCUGAGGGGUUUGGAUGAAAAGGCUUACCUGUCCUCCAAGCUGCUGAAGGCCGGAGAAGACCCAUACCGACAACAUGCUUUUAACCAGAUGGAGAGUGACAAACUCAGCAGUGACCGGCCCAUUCGGGACACAAGGCAUUACAGAUGUGCCUCUGUGCACUAUGACGCUGACCUGCCAGCAACCAGCAUCAUCAUCACCUUUCACAACGAGGCUCGCUCCACCCUGCUCCGCACAGUGAAGAGUGUUAUGAACCGCACCCCUGCCAAUCUCAUUCAGGAGAUCAUUUUAGUGGAUGACUUCAGCUCAGAUCCUGAGGACUGCCAGCUCCUUACCAAGAUCCCAAAGGUCAAGUGUCUACGCAACAGUCGGCGAGAAGGGCUGAUUCGCUCUCGAGUGCGAGGGGCCGAGGUGGCGAUGGCUGAGGUUCUCACCUUCCUGGACAGUCACUGUGAGGUGAACAGCGAGUGGCUGCAGCCGAUGCUUCAGAGAGUGAAAGAGGAUUAUACCCGGGUGGUGAGUCCAAUCAUCGAUGUGAUCAGCCUGGAUAAUUUUGCCUACCUGGCAGCCUCAGCCGAUCUGAGGGGAGGGUUUGACUGGAGCCUUCACUUUAAGUGGGAGCAGAUCCCUAUAGAGCAGAAGAUGUCCAGAACGGACCCAACCCAGUCCAUAAGAACACCUGUCAUAGCGGGAGGCAUCUUUGUGAUCGAUAAGUCUUGGUUUAACCAUCUGGGAAAAUAUGACACUCAGAUGGACAUCUGGGGAGGAGAGAAUUUUGAGCUCUCCUUCCGAGUAUGGAUGUGCGGUGGCAGCUUGGAGAUUGUUCCCUGCAGUCGAGUUGGCCAUGUGUUCAGGAAACGCCACCCCUAUGACUUUCCAGAGGGCAAUGCACUGACCUAUAUCAAGAACACCAAACGCACAGCAGAGGUGUGGAUGGAUGAGUACAAACAGUACUACUACGAGGCCCGGCCUUCUGCCAUCGGGAAGUCAUUUGGAAGUAUUGCAGACCGCAUGGAGCAACGCAGGAAACUAAACUGUAAAUCCUUCCAGUGGUACCUGGAGAAUGUCUACCCAGAGCUCAAGGUUCCUGAAAAGGAGCUGGUUCCUGGGAUUAUCAGACAAGGAGGACAUUGCCUGGAGUCUUGGGGCCAGGACACAGCAGGAAAUUCUGUGGCUGGUGUGGGAGGCUGCAAAGGGACAGUGAGCAAUCCCCCUGUCAGCCAGGAGUGGGUCUUCAGUGACCCUUUAAUUAGACAGCAGGACAAAUGUCUCUCCAUCACCUCCUUCUCCACUGGAUCUCAGAUUACACUGGAAGCAUGCAAUCAGAAAGAUGGCAGACAGAAAUGGAAGAUGAAAGGCAGUUUCAUUCAGCAUUUUGUCAGUGGCCUCUGCCUGGAAAACCAGUCCAGCAGGGUGGUGACCAACCUAUGCCAAUCGGAUAUACCCGGCCAACAGUGGGAGCUGCUACAAGCCACAUGAUGGUAGCCCGGAAACCUCUCUGUUUCUUUUUGCAUGAGACUUUGGGAAUGGAAGGGGUUAAGGUGGGGAGUAAAGGUUUAUUAUUUCUAACCCUAAUGUUUCGAUUGUGAUCAUCAGCAAGUCACCAUUUCAGCUGAACAUUCACUGCUUUUGAACUUUUAAGAAAGAAGUCAGGGGAGGGGGGAUAAGAAAUGGCACGGAAAUGAUCCAUCUGUUUCUUCUCCGCUGUAACUGACAUCCUCAUACAACAGCAAUCAGAGGUAGGAGAGGCCACAGCCCAAUAGCCGAAUAGAGCUCAAAGCCACAAGUACUGACUAACAGUUCUCUCCUUUCUUUGCAUUGAAAUUUAUGAUCUUCAGUCCUGUGAAUUCCAUGUAACCAGUGCUCUUGACAACACUUCUACAAAUUCUUGGUGGCUCCUGGGCUGCACUGGCUUUCCUCUGUAACAUCUUGUGUUAUUUUUGUGUGUUGUCUCGAACUGCUGCAGUGAGGAUUCUUUGUGGGAAAUGCAACAUGACUAAUGCAUGGGUUGGGAGAUGGGCAGUGGAUCUUAGGGGCAGGGACUGUGUUGGGACAGGGCCUAGCACACGGAGGCAUCAUUUGUGGUUGGUCUGCAGGCACUGCCAUUGUACACAUAAUUUGUAAAAUGGAUGGGGAAUGGACAGAGGAGGGGA